AUGGCUCCAGUUUCCACGAAAGCAAAAAUCGCUAUAGAAUCAACAUGGUUACUGAAUCUCCAUUGGGACGACCCACUGCCACAAAAAACAGCAACGGAAUGGGUAGAAUUCCACAACCAAUGGCCACUCCUCGCUGAUCUACAAAUCAGCCGGCCCAUCAUGCAAUCCGAAGGGAACGACUUCCUCGAGAUUCACGGCUUCGCCGACGCAUCGGAACGAGCUUACGGAGCAGUCAUCUUUCUGAGAUCAAAACCAAAAGACGGCAACACUCAAGUCAAGCUACUUACCGCCAAGGGAAGGAUCGCGCCUCUGAAACAAGUGUCGCUGCCAAGACUCGAACUAUGUGCAGUUCAACUCCUGGCAAAUCUGGCCAAAUGGGCCGUCGAAGUCACAAAAUUAGAAAACAUCCCAAUGCACCUCUGGUCCGACUCCACCGUCACCCUGGGGUGGAUCAAGGGACACCCAACUCAGUGGAUGACAUACGUAGCGAAUCGAGUGUCGGAGAUACAGCGAGCAAUUCCUCAAGCACGAUGGCACCAUGUCAAGGGAGCAGAAAACCCCGCGGACUGCGCAUCCCGAGGCCUUAAUCCCUCGGAUCUGGUAACCCACCCACUGUGGUGGUCAGGGCCUGAAUUUCUAUCGAGCAACGAACCAUGCCGGCCGACCGAUGACGAAACUCACAGCAUCGAGUCACUCCCUGAAAGUCGAUUAUCCGUUCACGUCAACACCACGACUAGCACAGAGGAGAAUCCGCUCCUCAAACGAUUCUCUAAGUACAACAAACUCAUGCGCAUUACCGCGUGGUGCCUCAGAUGGAGACUCCACAAACCAACAACAAGUCCAAACCCCAGCAGCCACCUGUCCGCCGAUGACAUCACUAAAGCAGAGCACCGCUGGAUCACCCUCACGCAAAAUCAUCAGUUCAGCGAGAAGAAGCGACUAAUCCAAGCAGAACGAACAAUUACUGGACCGUUAGCUAAGCUCUGCCCAUUCAUCGAUGCUGAAGGAAUAUUGAGAGUUGGCGGGCGACUACUCAACGCCAGUCUCACGUACAACGAAAAACACCCAAUCAUUCUCCCAGGAAAAUCUCAACUCACUUGGCGCUUAAUCAAUGCCACACAUCAAAAAACACUACACGGCGGAACUCAAUUAACGCUAGCAACGCUCCGCCAACGCUUCUGGAUCCCUAAAGGGCGGCAUUAUGUCAAGGCAUGCAUCCACCAAUGCUCACGCUGUGUACGGUGGAAAGCAACGGUCCCAACGCAACUCAUGGCGAAUCUGCCCCCCGCAUGCGUUAACUCAGCGCGCCCUUUUCAAUUCACGGGCGUGGAUUACGCUGGACCCAUCUACCUGAGAGAAGCCUCAGGGAGAGGAAAGACGUGCUACAAGGGAUUUUUCGUGGUAUUCGUAUGCCUAACGACUCGAGCUAUCCACCUUGAAGUCGCCUCCGAUUACUCCACUAACGCAUUUAUUGCGGCCUUUCGGCGAUUCACCUCGCGGCGAGGCGUGUGCUCGGAGCUCUUCAGCGACCGCGAAACGAAUUUCGUAGGAGCUGACCGAGAACUACAACGCCUUUUUGACGCCAACACCAAGGAAGGGCAGACCAUCCGCACCGCCGUCAACACGGAACGAGUCAAGUGGAGCUUCAACCCACCCGGUGCCCCUCACUUUGGCGGCAUCUGGGAAGCUGGCGUGAAAUCGGUUAAGCAUGACCUCCAUCGAGUGGUGGGCGAAACACGGCUCACGUUCGAGGAAAUGACCACUCUCCUCACUCAGAUCGAAGCAUGCCUCAAUUCGCGCCCAUUGUGCGCAAUGAGUGACGACCCCGAGGACAUGGCAGCCCUCAUACCGGGCCACUUCCUCAUUGGAACAGCCCUAACAGCAAUACCCGAGCCGACGUUGCUGGACACCAAGAUACAUCAUUUGUCGCGGUGGCAGCACCUGAUAAAAAUGAGAAACCACUUUUGGCAACGAUGGAAGCACGACUAUCUCUCGGGAUUGAACCAACGCAAUAAGUGGACAACCAAAAACGAAUCACUACAGAUUGUACAACUCUGCGUGAUCCGCACCGAGGCGACCCCUCCUACACGAUGGGCCCUCGCCCUCCCCGGGCUACUUUGCACCCAUUCGACGACCGGCUCAGGCGCUGGACUUCUCCAUCCUUCGGCGGAGCUCUCUUCUUGCUGUCCCCACUGCCAGAGUCUGCUCUGGCACUUACUAGCACCAGUACUCAAACCCGGCCAGCGUGCCGGGUUCACUGAGGCAUCCAAGCCGAAAUCAGCUCGAGCAGCGAGUGGGAAGCUCCACUUACGCCUCGCCGCAGUCCAGCCACUGCGCCAGACCUACCAGGGCCAGAGCCGGUGGUACCAGCCACAGACGUCAGUCUCCACCGGGAGGAUUCAUCACACACUCCACCGUGCCCAGUUCCAGAGAUCAGCCUCGAGAGAUCACGGUGGCGAGUCACCUCAACAUACUCUCCUUUAA